AUGUCUGGAUUAAACAGCAGAAAUUCGAGCGGUUUGCGAAAUUUAAACGAUACGCUGUUGAACAGCCCGUAUGUUUCCGGAAAUAUGAAAGCCCUUAGUGGAGACACAAAACUCUCCGGAUUUCAUUCAGCCGAGGUGAAAAAUCUCUAUAACCAAAAUGGUGAAUUAAAAAUCAACGACCUUGUUGACAGCGAAGAUGCUAUUAUUUACAAGACUAACGGAACCGCAUCUAUUGGAGUAAUCCCUGACAAUAUGGAAUUUCCUCUCGAAAGGAAUGACGGAAGCCGAACUGUUUCCCUUGUAACAAACUUGCCUCUUGGAACUCUUUCAGAGAGCGAUGAAGGUUUGACUGUAAAUUUUCCCCCGCCUGAUCUAGAGAAUCUUCAAGAGCCUUUGUCAAGAGACGAUAAAGGAAUAAAGUUGGACUUUGAUGAGGAUUCAUUGGAGGUGAAUAAUGGCAAAUUAGCAGUUGUGAAAGAGCCUUUGACGGCCCCGUUGACGCGUAACGUACAAGGAAUAUCUCUCGAUAUUGACUCCACAUUGACAGUUGAAAACGGUCAGUUGUCAGUUGUUCCAGAGAACAUUCAGGCGAUUGUUGAUCAAUCUUUGGAAGUAGCAGAACCGCUCUCGAAAGAUCAGGACAAGGUUAUCCACCUCAAUUAUGGGAAAGGGUUGAAAGUAAACGAUGAAGGGAAACUGGAGACGGAUAUUGAUACCGUUAUUAUUGGACGAGGGGCAAUCUCGAAUGAUAAAGGUUCCAGUAUCUUGCUCGAAGAUGUCCUACAAGAAGGGUUUGAUUCCCUUGCGGACUUUCUAGGAGAUGAUACGGAUGUUGAUACAACUGUUACUGGCAACAAAUUGGCUAUCCGCUCGAAAGGUAUGGGACAGGUUCCAUUCUACUCUGCUUUAAGCGGAUUCAAUGGAGACAGUAGUUUUACGUAUAAUGAAACACUCAAUGAAUUACAUGUCCCGCAUGUAUACGUCAAUACCGACUUCAAUCCGGACAAUAAUCAAGUGCCAAGUACUGCCUACGUAGAGCAAUUGUACCAAGCAGGGUCAGGUAUAGACAUAUCCGGAGUGUCCAAUGGUCGGCGUACUAUCGAUGUUAGAACAGAUGCAAGUUUAGCAAUUGACUCUUCACAAAAUCUUUCAGUAAAUCCGUCGGCUAUCGUCGACAAUAAAGGUGUUCGCAUCGUCAAUGAUAAAAUUGCGAUAGGACUAACUUUUCAACCUGGAAAUGGCGGAUUGAAAUUAGAGAAUUCGAAUCAAGUGAAACUCGCUCCAUCUGUCUCAGGUUCAAUCACAUUCGAUGGUAACAACACGUUCGGUGAGAAACUCACAGCAAGUAACGGAGUUAAACGCAUAGAAAAUGAUUUGCAGUUGGAUUUACAGGCUGGUGAUUCGACUGUUACGGUGACAGGCAAUUCAAUAAAAGGUGCCUAUACUGGAUCUAAUGGAGUGUCAGUUACGGGAAACACUAUUUCCGGCGCCUACACGGCUGGAAACAACAUAUCCAUUUCGGGGUCAAGCAUCAGUUGCACAUAUCAACCAGAACCGGAAACACCCACGGUAAUUACCGGCGCUUUACCUAUCAUUGUUACUGGAGCGGAUAAGGAAUUCAACGUGUCUAAGCAGCCUUUGGUUAUAACAGGGGGCUCCGGAAUCCUCGUUGUUGGCUCCGAGGAAACCGGUUUCAAUAUCUCUUCAAUUCAGCCCUACAAGAACCGGAAAGAAGAUGAUGAUCCGGAAGAGAAAAAUGAGGAUUCGGAGCCCAGUGGCGAAUCUGAUCCUUUAACAGCAUCUGGAUCUAAUCCCGUAGUCUCCGUUACCGGACCCCUUUCCACAAUCCUUGGAGGCGCGGUUGGUCUCAUUGGCCCUGCGGCUGGCGCUCCAUUUGCCACAUCUGCUAUCGGUAGCGUCGGGGGUCUUCUUGGAGGACCUGCUGCAGCAGCAGGAAUCCUUGGUGGUUUCAUCGCUGCAAGUGGUCGACAAAGAAAGAAUCAGAAAGACGCAAAUGGCAACAAUGUAGUGGAUUCAAAGGGAAACCCCGUUCCAGAUCCAAACGGCUCACAAGUUAUCAUCGCAACUUUCCCAAAAACGGAUGAUACAUCCUGUGAUGUUACGAGAUUACUUUUUGACACCCCACCUCCAUGUUCAUAUCUUGGUAUUGCAAAAGAGAUUCCACAGCAGGCUGUAAACUUGGAUAUGCUACGUCAAUACGACUCUACAAUCAUACAGCCAACUUAUUCAAAUUUGAUCAUUCAGAAUACAAAUCUUCUUCAGACUGCUAUCGAUGGUAAAGUUGCAAAAACGGAUACCAUUCCGUAUGCGAGAAUAACGGGUGCUCCAGAUCUCACCAUCUACGAGAAGAAAUUAACAUUUGCUGGACCUAUCCUUUCCAGAGAUACAUCUAAUACCGUUUCCGUUAAUACCGGAAAUAUCACUACUCUUGGGACACUCACAUCUCUUAACGUAACAGGCGCUUUGACCGUCGGCUCUAUAAGCAGUCCGACUCUGAACAAUUAUCUGUUAUCCAGUGUUGCUUCAACAACUUAUCAACCUUUGAAUGCGCGUCUUACAAAUUUUGGGAACAUUGCGCCAACAAACACGUACAUGCUAAUCGCAAGCGGAGGCAAUUUCAUUCAGUAUUCCCCAGCAGACGUUCGUGCGAAUCUCUCAUUAAAAAAUCUGAGUUUGCUCGAUACGUUAGACUACACUAGUUCGGCGUUGGUGAACAAACCUACGCUUGGUUCUCUUGCAGCACUUAAUGUCCUCGAUUACACUUCGGCUUCACUUACAAACAAGCCUUCGCUUGGCAGUUUGGCGGCUAAAUCCGUUAUCAAUCUCGCAAGUACAGAUGUCACCGGAAUUCUUCCUUUCGGGUCUGUUGAUCCGAACAUUGUUAUUGCAGGAACCGGCCUCUCGAAAACCGCUCAGACGCUAAGUGUGAAUCCUGUACAAACACAAAUCACAAGUGUGGGUACUUUAACGGGUCUCACCGUUUCUGGUUCUAGCACAUUUACAGGGUCAAUAACCGUACCUACUCCAACCACGCCUUCGCAUGCUGUAACAAAAUCAUAUGUGGAUGGAUUGAUUUCUACAACGCAAACGGGAGCGCAACCGCUAAAUGGAAAAUUGACUGCUAUUUCUUCGAGCACCGCCACUCUAAACAAUUUCCUUGUAGGAGAUGGAACCAAUUUUGUCUCAACGACUCCAUCAGCAUCUAGGACGGCUUUGGGUUUAGGCUCGAUUGCAUUGAAGAAUUCUAUAGAUUUAGCAAACGAUGUUGGGGUGACUGUCCUUCCAUAUAGUAAUAUUGAUCAAACGGUUGCCCAAAAGUCAUACGUCGAUGGUUUAGUCUCAACUGCUGGAACGGGAUUGACAAAAACAGGAAACGUUUUCAGCGUUAAUGCUAGUCAAACAGGUAUAACAUCUCUUGGGACCCUAUCAUCAUUGAGCGUCGGUGGGAAUGCAAAUAUUGCUGGAGAUGUCACGGUGUCAGGAAAUGUAGUUGUAUCAACUGUCCCGACAUUGGGGACACAUCUUACAAAUAAGACAUAUGUCGAUACCCUUCUAAGUGCUGGAACAGGAUUGACACGUAGUGGAAAUUCGUUCAGCGUAAAUCCUGCUCAGCCUCAAAUUACAAGCGUUGGAACUCUAUCAUCUUUGAAUGUUGGUGGAAAUGCAAACUUAUCCAAUGUUCAAAUUGCCGGAACGACUGAUUCUACCUCGACCACAUCAGGUGCGCUCCAAGUUGUUGGAGGAGUUGGUGUGGGGAAAAGUGUGGUGGUUGGCGGCACCGUAUUCCUAGGAGGAACAACAGCGAACCUGAAUACCACAACAGGACAGACUUUGAAUAUAAAUAACGCUGCAUCGACUGUAGUUACUUCUACUCUUGACUCCAACGCUAUAAAUGCUGGUGCUCUCCAAGUUGCAGGCGGCGUUGGAAUUGCUAAAUCAUUAUACGUCGGUGGAUAUGGAAUCAUAAAAGAAUCUACAGCCGGAAAUGGACCUUCUGUAGGUCUUAUAAACUCAAACGGUGGAGGUUGGACUUUGUGGCAUAUAGGCCAAACAAGUGGCCUUGGAACUAAUAAUUUCGGCUUAUACAACAAUACUGCCGCAAAUCUUGCGUUAACGGUGAAUGUGGCAACAAACGCAUUAAAUAUCAAUUCGACAACUGAUUCGAAUGGUAUAACAACGGGGGCUUUACAAGUCGCCGGAGGAGUUGGUAUCGCCAAGAAAUUGACCGUAGGGAGUGAUGCGAGUUUUGUCGGGUCAAAUCAAAGUAUCUUUUGGUACAACGGUUCGGUAUCCACACCCACAUUUGGAAGCAGCAUAACGGGCAACGUUUCAGCAGCAGGGUAUUUUUCCUCAAAUUCGGCUAUUGGCGAUAUG